AUGCAGCUCCCCACCCCAGCAGCAGUAGGAAGGAAGCCCCUACUACUGCAGCAGGAGGAUGGAGCUAGACGAACCAAAGAAGAUACUUGGAAAUCAGAAGAACUUAGGAAACAUCUCAGGGCAUCACAACCAGAUAGUCUAAAUGAAGACCAAAAGCACAGAGAAAAGAAGCUGCAGAAAGAGAAGUCUGUUCAUGACACAGACACUCAUAAACAUGAACGCAAAGACAGAGGGAAGAGCAAGGAAAGAACAAGAGAGAGAGAGAGAUUUAAAUCUGGUGAAAGAGACAGGGAUAAAAUGAGAGAGAGAGAAAGGGCAAGAGAGCACUGGAGAGAAGGAGACCAAGAGAGAUACAAAGAUAAGCUUCAAGAGUCAAAGGAGGAGAAAACAAGAAGUGAAGAGCGAGAAAGAAGACAUGCAGAAAAGAAGGAUAAUGAUACCAAAAAGAGCAUUGACAAAGUUCUAGCCUACAAAGUUGAAGAAGGUGAACGGGUACACAAGUUAGAGAGAGAUCAGGGAUUGGAUAAAGAGGGAGAAAGAAGACACAGAGGGAAAAAAGAGUAUUCUGUUAGGCCAGGAAAAGAGAGUCUUUCAAAAGAUAGAAGUCAUAAACGUUAUGAAAAGGAAGAGGAAGAGAAACAUAAAUCAAAGAGAUCUAAAGAGGGAUCUUCCCAUGGAGACAGAGAAAGGCAACCAGAAGCUAAUGAGAGAGUGAAAACUAGAGAAAAUGAAAGAAAAAAGCGUGAUCUAAAGAACAGUGAAUACAAAAAGGAGGAGAGGAUUCAAGAAGAAAUGAGCAGUCAGUUCGUAAGUAGGACUGUAGAAGAUAAAGGAAAACUCAUUGAAAAAGAGGAAAGAGACACAAGAGAAGAGGAAAUGAAAGAUACAUGCAUCUAUAAUUCAGACACAGGAUUAGAUAACUUUUCAGAAAAUUAUGAGGAUGAUUUUGAAGAUUAUGAAGAUGAUUUUGAUGAUGGUGAAGACAAAAGUGGGGAAGAAGGAGAUGCAGAAGAAAACCUAAGCAAGAUUCAGGUUUCUAGAACAUCAGAAAUUGAAGAAAUUCAAAGAGCAAUUACUGCAGAAAAUGAUAGAAUUUUUACUUCACUGCCAAAGAAAAUUGAAAAUGAAAAAAAGGAACCAGUCAUGGAAAAGCAACACCCUUCUGUCAAAAACUCUUUUUGUGGAAUAUUCAUGGAUUUUCAAAUGGCGAACCAACGGCAAAGUAACCGAAGUAUGGCUAGUAAGCAGAAAAAACGGAGUUCAGAACUUCUCCCACUGAUAGAUCUGGACUUCUCAGUUAGUUUUUCUGUAUUGGAUUUGCCUCCUGUAAAUGAGUAUGACAUGUAUAUCAGGAAUUUUGGUAAACUGAACACUAAGCAGGCAUAUAUUCAGUGUAAUGAGGACAAUCUUGAGAGAGACAUUCAGACUGAGGAAAUUGAGACAUUGGAGAAAUGGACACAGCAUCCAGGAGAAAGUUCCCUUGUAUCUGGAGGUGAAGAACAUUUUCAUGAUGUGUCAGUGAAUGCAGCUCUAACAUCUAAAAUUGAUUCACAAAGAUUAGCCAGUUUCCUCCGGUCUGCUUGCCAGGUGAUUGCUGUUUUGCUAGAGGAAGAUCAAGUUGCAACAGAACCCAGGUGGAAAUUAAGAUCUCGACAAACCAGUCUGUCUAUUAGUGAUAGCUGUUUCCAGUUAAAUACUAACCAGCCAUUCCUCCAUGACCGAAAAAUAUCCUGCCUAUGUGUCUCUCAAGUUCAGAGGCAGACACUGCUUUCUGUUCAUGGAUUACCUGAAAAGGCAGGUGUUGGUUUACUGAACAGAAAGAGUAUCAUCUGCGUUUGGAACAUCUGGCAGCCUUCCAGUCCUCAGAAAGUUUUAAUAUGUGACUCAGAGGUGAUAUGUUGCUGCUUUAGUCCCACUAAAACCACAUUAGUUUUUGCUGGAACAAUAGAUGGUUCAUUGUUGUUGUGGGAUCUUCGAGAAGACUCAAGAAUGCACCCUCAUAUGAUGCUCACUGAAACCGACUGGACAUUCAGAGUUCCAACAUUUUCCACUGAUGGCAUUCUAAACUCAGUAAACCACACUUCUCCCAUACUAGCCGUGGAACCUGUCUCAACUUCUCUCCACCCUGAUCAGAAUUAUGGUCUCUCAAGCCUUUCUUAUCAGGGCGAAAUGUCAGGCCCUCUAUUUCAGAUAGCUUCAAUGGAUGAAAAUGGAAUCCUCAAUAUGUGGGUGAGUAAUAGAUGUAUGAAAAGAGAAAGUAUCGUGCUGGAAUAACAAAAUAUUUCUUCA